UUCUUGCACAAAUAAAAGAACUUGUCGUUACGCUGCUGGUUUUUAUUGUCACAUCAUUUGCAACAAUCAGAAGUGGCAUAAAGAAAUGAAACAACGUCAUAUACACGCUCAGAUCUCUCGGUCUUCUGACAAGUUUGAAGAAGAUGAAGCUCCUAUUCCACUGGCGAGGAAGGUGUUGAAAAAUUGCUUCAGAAGGAGGUCCACAAGGCGAUACUUGAGCUACAGGAUGAAGAACCUGGAACAAUCAAAUCAAAGGGACUUCGACGUCGUCGGACCAAGAGCGCCUGCCGCCCUGUCCUUCCAUAAUUCUGGUUCACGUGGAGGGAAACUAAAAGAGCAGCAACGUGGUUACUCCACUGCGGCACUACGAGAUUCACGGCUACGAGCUUCCUUCUCCCUGCCUGCGACGCUGCUGCGCGGCGAAGACAGCUACGUCAAAGUCAUCAACAUGAGCUCGGAGACCAUCAUGUGGCCGCCGGGCGAGGUCCUGCCGAGGGCCAACAGCUGCGAGGAGCCACAGCCAAACAGCCAGGAUGGCCGAAUGUAACGGACGUGACGUCAGCUGUCAUGCCCUGCCGCCAGCCAAGCCGCCAAGCCAUAUUAACACGCCCCCUUCCGCCAUAGCCACCGCCACCGCCGCCAGCCAAAGCCAACGAAGGGGGGAUAGUGUUAAUAAAACAAGC